GGUCACUUCCUGGUACUACAGCAGCAGAGUGUGCAUCAAAUUUAAAGAAGAUCUACACAGUACAAACUGUACAGAUUUUCUGGAGUGUUUAUAAUAACAUCCCUCCUGUGACAGACUUGCCUCUGAGAUGUAGUUAUCAUUUAAUGCGUGGAGAAAGACGACCGCUAUGGGAAGAAGAAAGUAAUGCCAAAGGAGGUGUGUGGAAAAUGAAGGUCCCCAAAGACAGUACGUUUGCAGUAUGGAAAGAGUUACUGCUGGCUACCAUUGGAGAACAGUUUACAGACCGCUGUGCAGAAGGUGAUGAAGUAAUAGGAGUUAGUGUCAGUGUUCGUGAUCGGGAAGAUGUGGUUCAAGUCUGGAAUGUCAAUGCAUCAUUAGCAAGUGAAGCUACUAUUUUAGAAAAGAUCUACGAACUUCUGCCCCACACAUCUUUUAAAGCCGUUUUUUAUAAACCCCACAAAGAGCAUCAUGCUUUUGAAGGUGGACGUGGAAGACAUUAACAGUUUGGAACUCAUAAGCUGUAUUUUCAGUUUUGAGAUAAUCGCAACAGGAAGAUGGACAAAAGAUUUUCAUUAAGCACCAUAAACCGUGGCUUCUUUUAGAUUUUUCUAUUCCUCUUGAGUCACUGGUACUCGGUAUAAGGAGAACUGCGCCACAUAUACUGAUCAUGAUGAUUCUUUUAACUCAACACAAAAAAGACACUUCUCUUUAGUAUGCCUUCCUUUCUAAGAUAGAAAACUUUAUGGUUAGGUAGUUUACUGUACCUAGUUUAAUUGAAAAUGUGCACAGGCAUGAUAUGCUCCUUUUUCUAGACUCGUUAUACCUAGAAAAUUAAUUACUUUGUGAACCACAUUUUUAAAUUAUUAUUUGCUUUGAGACAUUCCUGUCAUACAAAGAUUUAGUCACAGAUUUAUCCCCAGGGAGACUGAAAUCUGCACUUUUCUAACAUACAGGAGGAGAAAUCCAACAGUGCGAAUUCUGCAUGGGCUCCAUUGGAAUGAAUGGCACUUACACAGAACUGAUGCCAAGUGGAUUGCUUCCAGUGACCUCUAAUAUGCACUGAUGAUGCCCAUGCUGUAAAAACAUUGUUUACAGAGCUGGUAGACUAAGUACACACUUUUGUUUUGACCAGUUCCGAAGGUAUCAGACUUUUAACAAUCAUUGAGUUGGUACAUAUUUAAUAGUUGUCCCCACACCUUGGCUGGGGGAAGGGCAUGAAUGGGCUCUAAGUCAGGCAGUGCUCAAGUAAAAGUGCUAUUUGCAAUUAUAGAUCCACUGUGAUCUUUGUGAUCACAGCAGCACUUGAGCUGCUAUAAUUGUGCUAACUGUAGUGUAAACACUAUCCAUCAAAUGUGGAGCAGUUAAUUAGUAAUCUGUGUAGAAAAGGAAUACUCUUUCUGUAUGAAACCACGAAUUGUUUAUCCUUGAUGUGGCUAAUUUUGAUAGCGUUUUAGUAUUGUAUCAGCUCCUCCCUGCAAAAAAAGAGAAGAAACUAAAACUCUACUGCUGUGCUCUCAUUGAAAAUAAGAGCCUGAAAUUUUUAAUCUGACUUUCCCGUCCAUCACUUUAACUGUGAUCAUAUCAAAUGAGUUCUUCACCAGUUAAAAGGCCUAUUUGGGCACUACCUUCACAGACAGAUUUUGCCUAAUUUUCUGGGGUUCUUGCCCAUGUGGCCUACAUGUGAGCAGAAACCUCAACUUUGUAGGUGUGUUGCUUUCCAUGUGUAGAAAGCAACAGUGAGAAGAUGUUCCCAUCUAAUCAUGGCGGGUUUGUCAGUUAACACCUGAACAGGGUUAUGCUUGAUAUGAAAAGAUAGUCGUUUUAUUGUAAACAGAAUGAUUACAACUGUAUGUAGUGUCAAACCAUGAUGACGCCUUAAAUUUUUCAGUGUAGAGAAGUCGGUUACACCUUGAAGCAUGAAUGUGAAAGUUUUCAACAUUUAGUUUGUGUGAGUUCCUCCCCAUAUUAAUGCAUUGGACAUUGGUUUAUUUUAUUACAGUACCAAAGAAUUAUUUGGUCCUCACAAGAGCGUGCCAUGAAGUAGGGGAAACUGCAUUCCCAUGUAGGCAGAAUUACUGGAUUAGUAUUAGUAUUUUUGUCAAUAUUGUUCUGACUGCACUGACUAUCAACCCAUUUUAAUCUCAGAAGAGGUGGCUGUUGGAACAUAAUGUGCUUAUAAGUAAAUCAAUUUUACCUUUUUAAUUUUUGUACUAGUUCAUCUGUAUUUAUGAAUUAAACUUGUGCAUUUAAUGAGCAUUAUUAAAAGUUUCAUAAACUCACACA